GGAUGACGCGACGAGACUACGGAAACUCUUGACUUGGGGACGACAACUCCGGAUAACGAUACAUAUAUACAAUACUGUAAUACUUCGGGCUGGCUGCGCGUGGGCAAUGGUGGACGUUAAUCCAUAUUUAUCAACCUGCUAAACUCUCAAUUCCCUUUCCGCUGCAACACAUAUUCCUACAUUUAUUCCUACAUCCCAUCCCGCAAACGCAUGGCGCCGACAAAGAACGAUUCUGCGGGGGCUGCGCGUGUGAGGUCUUGCCGGUCUUUCGCCCAGAUGCCCCGUCCUGGCGUUGGAUCUGGCGUUGAUAAGGAAAAUAUGACUGCGGAUCUGAGCGUUGUGAACGAGCAGAGAAAUGCGCCGCAGAGACCGACACGAUCGGAUAAAAAGAUGCGGAGUAAAAGUCUUGGGCCUGGCGGGUUGGAUGCGCUUCAGCAUGCAAAUGGCAAUAGACGGAAGUCAACCGCUCAAUUCCCAUUAAAGUCCAUUCUCAAACCUACGAUACCCGUCUCUCCCAUACGAAGUAUUCCAUCUUUCGAUGAAACGCGCAAACGAACUCCGGCUCGAAGUCCGCAACGCGGCUCCAAUUAUCGCCAAUCAAAUAGCCUGAAUGAAAAAAAUGAGCCCCCUAUUAACGUCUCUGAACCACCGUCAGCUCCCGUUGUCGGGGCAGAUCAUUUGGUCAAACCAUUUGAUACUUUUAAUCCUUCGGCUGUUAUCCAAAAUGCCAAAAUUGCGGUUCGCGCGGAGGGGGAACAAAUGGCUGCGGCUAGGGAAAGGGAAGAAGCUGAACAGCGAGAGCGCGAGAGACAGGCUAUUUUGGACCACAGGGCAGCAAGGCGAAAAUCGAUGGCAAAUCGUCGUGUAUCAUUUGCGCCAGAGGCCACACUACAUACUUGGAACGUAGUUGAAUUGGCUGAAGAUUCUACGUCUUCCUCCGCCUCGAAUUCUACCAGGCGCGCCUCUGCUUUGACGGAUCCAGCUCAACACACCCAAAAGCAAGAGCUGGAUAAUACUGAACCGCCAACGAACAAUCCACAUGACGAUCCAAAUUAUAGUGGCCAUGAUCCACAUCAAAAAUCACAUCGCAGCUCAGGCGUAGCUCACAGAGAUAUGUACAACCCCGACCCUAAUGAAGCAUUUUCUUCAAGUCCAUUUAGUGGAAGCUCGGCAGGUGGAAGUGAAGAGGCCGGCGAACAUGUUGUGGAUGGGGACAUGAAUUCCGAUGACGACGACGAUGACGACGAUGGGGCCACAUUGAUGAGUAUGGAGAAUAUUACCGAGCGAUCUAUUUCUACACAUUCCGAGGCUUCAAGCACUAGCGAUAGUGCGAGGCUAGAGCGAUCUUUACGCCAGGCUGCUCAACUAGCAGGCACCAAAGGAAUUGAAUACGAUGAGAAUGGUGACUUGUCUAUGGAAUUCACGAAUCGUGAAAUUGCUGGGGCAUUCCAACCUUGGGUUAAGAAGGGGGCAAAUAAACUUGACUUAGACUUGGAAGACUUAAGUGCUCGGCUGGACCAGGAGAAUGUUAAUCCUUUCUCUCACCCACUAUCGCAAUAUCAACCUCCAAAUAGGCAAUCUGAUGCCGGAUAUUAUGAUGAGAGUGAAGCAGAUAUGAGUAUGGAUAUAACCAAAGCCAUUGGAGGAAUAAUUCCGGGGAAACGGGACGAAACCUCACCACAUGGAAAGCCCCGCCGUAGGUCCGUUGCUUCAAACGAUGGCCAUUUGGACAAAGCCCGCCGGAUAUCGACCAGCGAGUUGUCAAAUCUCGGGGACCAAACUAUGGAAUUUACAAACGUGGUUGGCGGCAUAGCUCGUAAUCAUUCUCCUCUAAAGGGUAUCUCUGGGGACAGUGACGUUGGCAGUGAUGAAGAGAUGACCAUGGAAUUCACCUCAGCUCUUGGUAGUAUCCAGCAGGCGUAUCCCCAACUGACAGCCGCCGAAGAAUACGAGCACCGCUCCAACGAACCCGCUGAGUAUAGAAUUGAGGAGCUUGAUCAAGCAUCUGGUGAUGAAGAGAUGGAGAUGACAAGCGCAGUAGGAGGUAUUUUACCACCCAUUGAGGAACAAACUGAACCCCUGGAGGACGACGAAACCAUGGGUAUGGAAAUGACGAAUGCGCUAGGAAAAAUCUUACCGCCUCAAUUCAAUUUUAACAACAGGUCUCAAGGAAAGAUGUUGAUGGAAUUAGAAAGCGAUGCUGGUCAGAUUUUUAGCUCACCAUUCCAAGAGAACAUCGUUCCCUCCCCUCCGAAAAUCGCUGCUACCAUCGAACAGAACACUCCGAUCGUGUCUGAAUAUGGCAGCCCGACUGUAGCUAGUGUUAGACGCAGACAGGAUCGAAGAAGCGUGGGUCUAAGAGAAUCUACUACCCCUAGGGGCGGCUCUCGACCGUCAUCUCCAGUAAAAAAGACAACGAGCCCUUCUAAAAAACAGUUGACUCCACGGGGUAACAAGGCUUCGACUCCUGCUAAGACACCCCCGUCAAGCAAAGUCGCGUUUCGGAAUGCAUCCCCGAAAAGGCCUUUCGUGCCGGAACUUCGAGAAACCUCCACCAAGAAAACACCGCCCAGCUCAAGAAAGCUUUUCCAUCAUGAUAGCAUUACAGGCCAGGCCACUCCAUCCUUUGUCUUGCACCCUCACAGGCGGCCGUCGAGCGGCCUUGGUAUCGAUAGGGAAGGUCUCGGGUCACCGCGUGUUGCGGAAAUGCUAGAUAGGCGGCGAUCCAUCGGGGAGGACUCCCAAAGCUUUGUUCCACAGGGUCAAAUCUCUCAAGUGGUCCGAUUUGAUGACCCUCGGGAGCUCGAGGAGGAAAUUGAUAAGGAACGAGAAGAAGAAAGGGAAAGGGAGAUCGCAAUCACUAAAGCACCCAACAAUUCUCAGAAUGGGGAAUGCCCACCUCUUAACUUGAAAGAGCUAAUAUCGACCCUGACCCCUAAGAAAAAUAAACCAAAGCCACGAAAAAGCCUGCACGUGGGUGCAGCGGUAGGCCUGCUUGGGAAGCGCCCAGCUGAGCUAGAUCAGGAUGACGAAGACGAAGAAGCCUAUACUCCUAAACGACUGAGGGGUCGUGAUGCAAGCCCCGUCAAAAACAUUAAACUUCCUGCCCCUCCUUCCAUGGGCGAAACAGUCAGGCGAACAAUUCGAGCAUCAAGUUAUAAUGACCCUUGGUCGUCUCCAGGCAAGCCCGGGAGUACGACCCCCAAGGGAGUUCCUCUUUCUAGCCGGUUAGAUUUGUCCGCAGGUGAAGGUCAUACCGCCCAAUAUUCUGGUGCUGGCCCGGAAGGCAACCUGGGGAGCUAUUCCAACCAAGAACACGAGCCACAAGUUGAGCCAAUACAGCUUCAAGAUUUCCUGAAUAUGACUAACAUCCACUUUAUGGAACUAACCACAACAAAGAGGAGACAUACAUUGGCUCCGUCAAGUGAUAAUAAAAAGGCUACAUCAAAGAGAGAUGAUGAGGCUGUCAAAGGCAUAAGUUUCGAAGAUUGUGUGGCUGCUGGCUUUUGCACAGUUCCGAUGCUUGAAUUGUACCAACACUCGUGUCGUGAAUUGAAAUCGUAUAUAUCAGAGGGUCGGCGGAUUAUCCGGUCUAUUGAAACCGAAACGUACGCAGAUAACCCGCCUUUGUUCCAAGAAUACGUGACGGCGCCACCAGAUAUACGGUUGUUGAUGGACAACCAAUUUCGUAACGUCAAAGCUCACGCGCGCCUGCUAAGCAAGUCCAUGUGGUAUGAGUGGCGCAUGAAACUUUUGGAGGGCUUAAAAGAGGGACUUGAUCGUCACGUUGAAGAGAUGCAGAAUGAUGAUGCGGUUCUGUCGAAGAAAGAGGAUCUCUUAGAUCGUGUGGUGCCCCCUUUAGUCGAGAAACACGCAAGGCUUGAAACCGAAGCCCAGAAUCUCCAACGAGCCGUCGAUGAACUGGAAAACUGUGAUAAGGAAGAACUUCGUCAAGCGCGUGAACGGUUAGCUGCGUUAGAUGCGGAGAUUUCCGCAAAGAGGAAGUCAUUGGAGCAGUCACAGGCGGAGCUGGAAAACAAGAAGAGCAUAAUUAAAGCUGGAGCGGGAUUGAAAGAUGAGCUUUUGGCCCAGAUAGGUGAAGCGGAGCGAGUCACAGAAGAGUGCCGGGGUUGGAGUAUAAAGGAGGUUAAAACUCUGAAAGCUUCUGUUCGUGAACUUGAGCGCCAAACAGGCUGGAGUAUUUUAUCAGCUUCUUUGAAACCGAGCUCCGAAUAUGGCCCUGCUUUGAGAAUGCGAUAUCGCAAUGAGCUCCAGGUGGAUUUUUAUCCCGGCGCUUUCAACCUCAACCAAUCCACCCAGGCGUUGUCUGGCGGUAGCUCCUCCCCAGGAAACAAGAAUCUGCCUAUUACCCUUACUUACUCACCCAGCGUGACCCACGAGGCACGACAUGCAAGCAGCAGCCCUUCCCCUGAAAAGGCUCUUGUCCUCCAUGCGCUCCGCACGUGCGCCUCCCAACUCCCACACUCAUCAAUAAGCCCUAGACAAUUCCUUGCAGGCAUGGCGCGAGCAUGGGACAAAGCCAUUAGCCUUGGGGAUGAAAUACGCGCACUCGAUUAUUGCGGAAUCACAAGGGCGAAAGCCAUUGAAGCGAAGCCGUCCGAACCCACUUUAUUAGAGAUCCGCUGCAUGGUUCUCGGCUGGUCCUCCACGACCAUAGCUCCCGAAUCGACUGGAGGUGAUGCAAAGCAAAUAUCACCAUUGAAAUCAAGAAACGUGGAUGGCAAAGUCAGAGCGCGGAUCGAUGUCGAUUUUACGGUGAAGCCUCGACCCGCUCAAAGUGGGAAGGAUACUCCUGACAUGGAUAUUGAUGUUGAUAUCGAUGUCUCCGCUAGCAUAAUUUACGGCUCCUUGAGUUCGUAUGAAGGAGACGUAGGCCAAGCACAGAUUGGUGAUAUGUUAGAAAAGAUUAUUCAACAGAAGCAAGCUCCUGAGGCUAAGUUAGGGGGUGGGGUGUGGCGCGAUGCGGUGAAGAAAUUCGAAAGGAGAGUGUUCACGUAAGAAUGGAGUUUUGAUGUUAUCACUUUUGCCUCCCUUGGCUUUUUCCUCAUCUGUGACGGGGGGAAUCUGAUGUAUCUAACGAUUUUCUUCUAUUUGUUGUUUUAAAUGACGUCGUGAGAAACAUUGCAUUUCCAACGGCGCAUGGCUUCUGCGGUUUUAUUCACUCUGCUCCUGCUUCUUGUGGUUGACGAGAUUACUUUCUUGCUUGCUGUUUGUGUGGGGGUUUUCAAUCUUUCAACGAUGAUUUUGAUUUUCGAGAAACAAACUUGUUUUUGGUACGAUUUAAUUGCUUGAUUGAAGUAGAUCAAGAUUUAUUCAAGUUACUUUUAAGUUGCAUCACUCUUCGUAUGGCUGAUGAGCAGCAGCCCACCUAUAAAUUGACUGCUUCGGAAGUAAAUCUACACAGAUCUUUCGCCACUGCCGGCUGUUUUUCAGGGCGAAUGCAUGGUUGAAUACGAACUAGCUGCUUGGGUUA